AUGAGCAGUAUCAAAAAGAUAUAAAAUAAACAAAUUAUAGAUAGUGUUAAAAACGGAGCUAAACUAUUAAUGUAAAAGAGCAAUCCAAAAUACUCAAAAAAUGAUGAAUAUAAACUGACAUAAACCAAAUAGGAAAGAAAAGUAUCUCUCAACAAAAUAAAUAAUUCAUAAAAUGGGCAAAUAUCUUUAUCACUAAAAAGAAGUCUGAAUAGUUAAUAAGCAAAUUUUAUAGGAAAUAGUAAUCCAUGGAAUACUAGAACAAAUAAAUAAUAAUAUUCUUUACAAAAUGGUUAAGCUUAUCAAUUUUAAAAUGAAGAAUAAUAAUAUAAAACUAUAAAAGUUAAAAAUUAAUAAAUAUUACCUUAGCUUAAUCACAGCCCUUAAAAAUCUACAACUAAAUAUGGAGGAGUUGAUAAUAGUGAUAAAAAAAGUGAAUAUUACUAAGGACAAUAGCAUAAUUAGUCACUCUUUGAAAAAAGUAGCAACGAUUUAAAUAGUAAAGCACAAAAUAGCUCUAAGAUAAUUAAACCACCUUUAAAGUCAAUGAUCAAUGACAAAAAUUUAUCAAGCAAAGAAAACUUACAUGAAAUAAAUAAAAGAGAGAGUCAAUUACCAUAAAUUCCUAAAUAAAAUGUUUAAACUGAAAGCUAUUAUCAAAAAUAAGCAGAAAAUUUGACUCUAAAUAAAUAAAAUCAAAAUAAGCCUUACUUUAACAGUGAAUACCAAUAAAAAUAAAAUGAUUAUGCCCAUUUAGAUAGUUCAAAAGAAAACCAUAUUGAAUUUAGAGGAAAUGAUUUCAUAAAUAAUCCUAAAACAAAAAAUGCUACCCUUAGUGCAAACUAAAAAUUUAGCUUUUCAACUACUCCUCCAAAUAAUAAUAAUAACAAUAGCAGUAUAUCAAAAUAGUUUGAUGAUAAAAUGCUUAAUUCAAAAGAACCUAAGAAGGUACCUAAUAGUCAAGUCUAAAAUGUUGCUAAGGAUAGUCUAGAAGAAAAGUUUGAAAAAAUAUACGAUACUGGUAAAAGUAUAAGCAUAUCUCAAAACAAUACAUCACUUCCUCCUAAAAUUAUAAAAAAAGAAAUUGAUGACAAGGAAAACGUAAAAAUAGAAAAUAAAGAAAGAUUGGCAUUUUAAGAAGAGAGUUUAAAUAAACUUUAACCAAAAAUAUAAAAAUCUGAAAUUAUAAAUUCUAAUAAUAAACUAACACCAAAUGAAAACUCAAAACUGGAAGUACAAAAUUAAAAUUCUGUUGAUAGUAGAUAAUCUUUUUAAAUGAAGAACAAAGUAGAAUAAUAGUAAAGCACAAACCCAUUGAUAAGAUAUUAUAAAUAUGAUUUUGAUUUCUCAAAAUUUAAUUUUACAUUUAGCAAAAGAUCUUCAGCAGGUCUUAACAAUAUUGGAAAUACUUGCUUCAUGAACUCAGCUCUGUAAUGUGUAUUCAAUACUCCUGUUUUUAAUGAGUUCUUUUUUUCUGGAUCUUUUGAAAAAGAUAUUAACCCAAAAAACAAAGGAGUAGCCCAAAGUUACUCUGUGCUGAUUAAAUAAGUCAGAAAUACUGGUAACUCUUCUUCUUAAGCUCCUUAUGCACUAAAAAAAAGCAUAGAAAGGGUUUCUUCUUAGUUUUAUGGCACAGAUUAACAAGAUGCUUAAGAGUUGCUAAGAUGCCUACUUGAUGGGCUUCAUGAAGACUUAAAUAGAGUUAGAGCUAAACCAAAAUACAGGGAACUUGAAGCUGAUACCAACAAAAGAACACUAUAAGAGAUUAGUGAUGAUUGGUAUUAAUACUACAAAGGCAGAGAUGAUAGUGUAGUUACUGACUUUUUUAGUGGACAGCUUUUGAGCAAAGUCAUAUGCUCUAAGUGUAAAAAUGAGAGCUUAGCUUUUGAUAAUUUUAUGGAUCUUUCUUUAAGUUUUAGCAGAGGUCAAGAAAAUGAAGCAGAUUUGGUAGAUCUUUUAAAAGCAUUUCUUAAAGAAGAAAAUUUAGAUGAUGAUUAUUAUUGCUCUAAAUGUAAAGCAAGAACUAAAUCUAGGAGAUAAUUUGAGCUAUACAAAUUACCUCAAAUAUUAGUUAUCCACCUUAAAAGAUUUAAUUUUGGAAGGUCUUAUAGAAAUAAAAUCUCUUCAAACGUGUCAUUUCCUGUAACAAAUUUUGAUGUAUAGUAGUUCAUAUAGAGCUCAACUGAUAAUAGUGUGAAGAAUAGUAAAUAUGAAUUGUUUGGAAUAGUUAAUCAUAGCGGUAGCCUUUCAGGUGGUCACUACACAUCAGAAUCACUCAACCCAUAUGAUGGUAAAUGGUAUAAUUAUAAUGAUAGUCAUGCAGGAUCAAUUAGUUAAGAGUCAAUAAAUAGAUAUUAGUCAUCAGGUAGAUAAAGCCCUUACUUGCUCUUUUACUGUAAAAGUGAAUUGCUUAUCCCUUAUCAAAAUAAUAUUAACAAUGGUGUUGAUCAUCAUAGAAUGAAAAGUAAUUUAUGA